AUGGUGGGGAAGACAUACCUGCGUUACGUUGUCGGUCCACAGGGAGGUGCGGUUGCCAGCAAUGCAUCUCUGACUCUCUGCAGCGUCGUUGCGCCGUCCUCGUACGUGGAUUUAGCAACGCACCACAGCAGCAAUAGCGGCAGCAGGAUCGGUCUUCGUCACAGGAGUCGGCAACACACCGCUGUGGCGAGUGCCGUUGUAUUUGUUGCAAGUCUUGAGGCUGUGCGAGUAUAUUCCGUUCGCAGUGGAGCACUGCAGCACGCAUUGAUACCGGCCGAGGCAAAGAUGCCUCUAGAGGUCACUGCCAUUUGUGUGUUGUCGUUGGAAUCAUCAACGACAGGGCAAAGUUCUCUGGAACUGGAUGGAUGGAUGCUGCUUGUUGGUUACCACAAUGGUCAUGUUGCCGUCUUCUCCUGUGGUCCGACAAACAACUACGGCCUACCUCUUUGCCGCUUCUAUGCGCUCGGGCACAAGGUAGACACAACUGUCCUUGCCCUCGCUGCCGGCUCCCAGCGUGCGUAUAUGUGCAGCGGGGGUCAGGACACGGACCUUACCGUCUGGGACCUUGUGACGCAAGAGGCUUCCUUCCGCCUACGCGGUCAUCGUGGGGGUAUCGUGGGCAUCGAGUUUGUCCCACAGAAGGAGGAUCGAUUUGUUGUAACGGGUGCUGCCGACGGACUUGUUAAGGUGUGGGAUAUCUUCCUCCGGCAGUGUGUGCAGACACUCGUUGCCUCCGAUGCGCAGGUGUCGUCACUGCGGAUGGACAGUGCUGGGCGACGUCUCUACUGUGGACUACGCGAGAGUCAGUUGAAGGUGUUUAACACAGAGGCCCUGCUGAAGGCAGAUGACAUGCACGGAGAUGACGCAGGGACGACGAUGACGAUGAUAGCGUUGGCUGUGGAGCACGGCGGCAUCCAGCGCAAACUGCAGAAGCCUGUGACGUCCAUGUCUUUUUCACACGAUGGUGCGUUCUUGUUGGCGACCACGAGCAAGACAGUGGAGAUAUUCCGCAUUCUGACACGAGAAGAGGUGCGUAAAAAGGUUUCUCGCAAGCGGAAGCGGUGUGCGGCGAAGAAAGACGGUGGGGAGGGAACCCAUGCUGACUAUGACAACGAGGAAGAAGAGGUGGAAGUGGGGGUGAAGAACAGCAGGCGGGAGCCGAAUAAAGUUCCGGAGGAAAUAACAAAUGGGACCGGCCCCAAUCCAGGCAGCGCCAGCGGGGCUCCCGCCGCGGCAUCCGCAACGGAGGAAGUUGUCCUCCUCCGUACCUUCUUUCUGGACCAAAAGGUACGCAGCGCAUGUUUUAUUCCGCCCACAAGCGGUAGUUUUCGUGAUGCCGAUCGUCUGCAUGUUGCCAUAGCGUUCAACAACAACAAUGUGUGCACAUACACAACCGCUCUGACCACCACUGAACUGUCGGGGGGCGCGACGUGGACACUCGAGGACCUCAAACCUCGUCAAACGAUGGAACAGAGGGGUCACCAAUCUGACAUCCGCCAGCUGACAUUUGUCGAAGACGACACCACACUUCUCUCUAUGAGCGCAGAGAAGUUGAUGAUGUGGAAUGUUUCCAUCAAGGUGCAGCAGGGUGAGACGGAGGUGGGAGAACCGCAUGAUUUUUACGACGCGAAGGAAGCGAAUGUUCAGCACGCCGACGAAACAGGGGUGCUCACAUGCACCGGUCACGUCGCCGUUGAUGGUGCAGUCACCAUGGCUGCCAUCUCGUCCAGUUUAUGUUGUGUUGGAAUUCAGGACGGCUCCAUUCUUAUGGUUGAUCUCCCGGCGUCGAGUGUCGUAUUCACCGAACCGGAUGUACAUGUGGGAGGCGUGCGACACGUGGCACGGCGACCAGACAGCAGUGGUUUUCUGUCUGUUGGAUUUGACCGUCGUCUCAUUGUAUGGACACUUGCACUACUGAAACAAUCAUCGGAUAACAGUCAAAAAAAGAGGAACAAUGAUAAUAUUAAUAAUAAAGACAAUAACGUUAAUAGUAAUGCCGCGCCACAGUUGUUGCAGUCGAUGGAAAUAGAGUUGACUGAGGCUCCCUUGUUUCUAGCCUUAAGCCCCGAUAACCGGUUUGUGGCGGUGGGCCUGCAGAACACAAACAUUCAGUUGUUUUUUGCUGAUACCAUGAAACCGUAUCUGUCGCUGUUUGGGCACAAACUCCCACCGACGGCCGUGGCAUUCUCUUCCGAUGGGACACUUGUGGCCUCUGUGGGUAUGGACAAAUCCCUGCGCUUCUGGGGCACUGAUUUUGGUGACUGCCACCGCGCGAUUCACGCACAUGACGACUACGUAACCCAGGUCGAGUUUUUGCGCGACACACACCAGUUGCUGACGGUCUCAUUAGAUGGCUCCGUGAAGCACUGGGAUGGUGAUAACUGGACAAUGAUUCAAAUGUUCCGGCAGCAUCAGCGCGGAGUGUGGACUGUGGCAGCAACGGCAAAUGGCACCUGCAUCGCAACCGCAGGGAUGGAUAAAUGUAUUCGGUGUUUCUUGCGCACACAAGAUAUUGUUUUUCCGGCUGAGGAAGAAGAGCGCAUGGCACAGGAAGCAAUGGACGAGGAGGCUGCAAAGCGUGUGGCGAUGCAAACGCUCGAGCAGCAGAAUCCGGAGGUUGCCGUGGCUGGACAGCUGACAACCACCGCGGCUGCGGCUGCAGAGAAAAUCAUGGAGGCCCUCGAUCUUGUGAGUGUAGAGCUACAACGCCGUGAAAAUGCGGAGGAUCUCACACCACCACACCCGCUUCUUGCAAACAAGACGGUAUGGGAGUAUCUGUGGUCUGUCAUUGAGAGUGUGCGUCCCAGUGAGGUACGACACGCUCUCUCCUCGCUCACAAGCACACAUGUCGAUGCCUUGCUCAACUAUUUGGAGGAGAUGCUGCGGGAGCGGGCGGUCCUGAACUAUGAGAUUGCCGCGAAAAUUGUCUUGGCUCUUGUUGCAGCGCCGCCUGGUGUUGCGGCGGUUGGCAACAGGGCACGUGCCGCUAUCGCUGGUGAAAUUUCGGAGGCGCACGGUGUCCGCCGGCUUCACGCACUGCGUCGCAUGAUUGCCGAGGGUCUUGAUCACGCUGUAGGGCGCAUGGACUACAAUAUCGCCGGACUGCAGUUCGUGCGGCAUGUCAUUGAGGAAAAGGAAAAGACCCGCUUCUUUGACCUGAGCAAGAUACAAGGACAUAGGAAAAAGUAUCACAGCCGUGUGAUCACGAGUGGUAAUGGUAAGAAAAAGGAAUAA